CUCCUCCGGCCCAGGGCGCGGGGUCAAGUGUCUGUUCGAGGCAGCCGCGGGCCUGCGUGCGUGCCACGCCUCCGGGGCGAUAGAGUGGAGGACAAGCAGGUGAGCCCUGGACCAUGGCUGUGGCCCCAAACCCGCCAGAGCAGGACGGGCUCCUGAUCGUGAAGAUCGAGGAAGACGAGAGCCUGUGGGAGCCGCAGCCUGUUAUGCGGAGGGCCGGGGAGACCCCUGAACUGACGGACCCCCGCCGGCGUUUCCGAGCCUUCCGCUACCAGGAGGCAGCUGCGCCCCGUGAGGCCCUGAGCCGGCUCCGGGAGCUCUGCCACCAGUGGCUGAGGCCAGAAAUUCGGACCAAGGAGCAGAUUGUGGAGCUGCUCAUUCUGGAGCAGUUCCUGAGCAUGCUGCCCCCAGACACCAGGCCCUGGGUGGAGGCCCAGGGUCCGGAGAGCACGGAGGAGGCUGUCGCCUUGGUGGAGGACCUGAGCCACAUGCUUCAGCGGAGCGCUCUGCCUUCAGCCCAGGUACCCGCCCAUUCUGCAGAUCUGGGGAGUCUCAGAAACCAGGAAACCAAACUCUCUGACAAAUGCCAGGCUGCCCCGCCUCCCAUGUUGGGCCCAAAGAUCUCGGCCAAAAGGCCCCUGAGUGGGAGUGACAGCCGGAGCACAAAGAGAGACCGCAAAGCCAUUAACUUGCACGUUAAGCUGGAAGUACUGCGGAGGUUUGCAGCUGGUGAGAAGCUCAGCCGCAUUGCCAAGGCCUUGGGACUCUCCACUUCGACAGUGGCCACCAUCCGAGACAACGAGGACAAGAUCAGAGCAAGCUCUCAGGCCGCCACGCCCCAGGUGGCCACCAAGCUGACCCGGAGCAGGAGCCUGGUGAUGGAGAAUAUGGAGCGGCUGCUGAGUGUUUGGAUCGAGGAUCAGAACCAGCGCGGCGUGCCUGUCAAUGUCUCGACCAUCCAGGAAAAGGCCAAGAGCCUGUUCCAGGACCUGAAGCGAGAGCAGGGACCAAGUGCGGAGGCCGAGACAUUCGGGGCCAGCCGGGGCUGGUUCACCAGAUUCAAAGCCCGCCACAGCUUGCCCCACCUCGGAACAAGCAGCGAAACAGUCAGCACAGACAGAGAAGCUGCAGCCAAGUACCCCGAGGUACUGAGGAGGGUUAUUGAGGAGGGCGGCUACACGCCGCAGCAGGUGUUCAAUGUGGAUGAGACUGAGCUCUUCUGGAAGCGCCUGCCCGACAGGACCUUCAUUUCAGCAGAAGAGAAAACAGCGUCCGGGUUUAAGGUGGCCAGAGACCUUCUGACCCUCCUCCUGGGGGGCAAUGCCGCUGGUGACUUCAAGCUCAAGCCGUUGCUGGUCUACCAUUCAGAGAGCCCCCGUGCUCUCAAGGGCUUCUCCAAACCCAACCUGCCGGUGAUUUGGCGCUCUCACAAGAAGGCAUGGGUGACCAUGAGCCUUUUCCAGGAAUGGUUCGUUCACUUUUUUUGCCCAGCUAUUGAGAAAUACUGUGCCCAAAACAACCUCCCCAACAAGGCCCUGCUGAUCCUGGACAGCGCACCAGGACACCCGGGAAAUUUAGAUGACCUGUGCGACAAUGUACGAGUGGAGUACCUCCCCAAGAACACCACAGCCUUGAUCCAGCCCAUGAACCAAGGUGUGAUCGCCACGUUCAAGGCUUGCUACCUACGGAGAAUCUUCCAUCUGCUCCUGCAAAGAGUCAACAGGGACGACAGAGGCACGAUCCGGGAAUUCUGGCGGAACUACAACAUCCUCAACGCGGUGUACAACGUCGCUGAGUCAUGGGAGGAGCUCGAGGCGGCGACCAUGAACUCUGGGUGGAAGAAGCUGUGGCCAGAGUGUGUCUCCAGUGACCAUGAGGCUCUGCCGGCAGAGGCCGUUAGGCAGAUCGAGCAAGAGAUCGUGAGCCUGGCCCACAAGCUGGGCUUCGGAGACAUCGUGGAGGCAGAUGUGGCGCAGUUGCUGCAGAGCCGCGGUGCCGACUUGUCCAAUGAGGAGCUGAUGCAGCUGGAGCAGGAGCGAGCUGCCGGCGAGGAGAGCGAGGACGCCCCACCUGCCCCUCGCCAGCUGACAGUGAAGCAUCUGGCCAAAGCGCUCUCGCAUUUUGAUGCGGGGCUUCAGAUCCUCACUGAUAAUGACCCCAAUCUGGAGCGCAGCCUGAAAGUGUCCAGAGGUGUCCAUGGCUUCCUCAGCUGCUACCGUGACAUGUACCUGGAGAAGAAGCAAGGGCCCAGGUAAGGGGCUCGCCCUCCCCGAGCUGCUGUCCUUCCCAGCGCUGGCCACGUCUUUACUCUGCAGCUUCCUCUGAGGAGACUUUUUAUCAAAGCAAAAGUUUACUUUUAAAAAUACAUGCUUUGAAAGUUUG